ACAACUGAAGUCCUAUGCCACAUGUGAGAGCGUAAAUGCGAUUUAUUUGCUAAAGUGCCCGUGUGGGCUUGUUUAUAUAGGUCAAACAUCACGUGCCGUUAAAGAGCGAAUAAAAGAACAUAAAUCUAAUAUACGCAAUUUCAAAGCAGGGUCUCAAUCUGACACCUCGAUCUCUAGACACUUUAGCUUUGCCAAACACAAUGUAUCUCAAUUAAAAUGGCAAGUGUUAGGGGUGAUUAGUAGACCACAGAGAGGAGGUAACGUUUCUAAAUUACUUCUGCAAGAAGAAGCAAAAUGGAUCAAAAAACUGAAUAGUCUACAUCCAGAAGGGUUAAAUGAACACUGGAACAUCAGUAGUUUCCUUUAAUGGCAAUAAUGUGUUUUAAAUAAUGCAUACAGCCUUACCUUUCUGACCUUUCUCCUUUUAUAGAUAAAAUGGAUACUUUUACAUAUAUAUGAAUGUGAAAUUCUACUUAAGGAUUCUACAUUCACCAAUGGAUGGGGACUUGCACAUUGGUUUCAAAAAAGUUUUUAAAAAGACUUGUUUUUAUAUUUUGUACCGCUGUGAGUGAGGUGUAGUUGCACACUGGUUAUGUGAAUGGUUAGAAUCACUGGGUAGUAUCGCCAGUUGCAAUUUCUGUUAAUGAGGGGUGGAGCUCCAUGUUUAAAUUGUGGUAGUUGGGUUCUCUCAUGUUACACUUGAAAAAGAGCUAUGCUCGAAACAUGUCGUGUGAAAUAAAGCACUGAAGUUUGCAGCAACCCACUGCGUUUGAACAGUUCUUCACAUCUUGUUUAUCCUGAUUAACUUGGUUUCGUUGGACGGAAACUUUGUGACUGAACUGCUUGUUUGAAUCCAUUAUCUCCUGCUUGAAAUUAUGUCCAAAAGGAUUCAAGUUUGUAGAUUAACAGGUAUGGCUACCGGAUCUACUCCCUUUACCUGCAGCUCAUCUACUUUCGCUUAUAGUGAACAAGAUAUUGCAAAAAUACUAGAAGGGGUUGGUGGAGAUGAUUUUCCCUCUAGUGGGGUUCCCCCCUUAGAUGAUUGCUGCAAGCAACUGUUAUUUAAACAGAAAAAGGAAUUGAACAUUCAUAUGCAUAUCACAGCAUUAGCCCAGUAUGUGAAGUCUAAACGUAUACCACGUGGACUAAGAUUAUCCAUACAACCCAACCUCUGCACUGAGGACCCUGUUUUAAUCCAGCGAUGGCAGGAGAUCUGCAACAAAUGCAGCAUCGACUUAAUGGUACUUACCAUUGAGAGACUCCAGGAGAAAGCUUCGUCUGUUGGCCUGGAGGUGUCCGCUCUAAAAGAGCAAGUUAUAGCUGCUAAGGGAUCUGCACAGGCCGAUGCUGUCUUCAGUGAGCAGGGAGAGCUGCUCAGGAAACACCGAGAGGCGGUGUCAGCGCGGAAGGCGCGUAAGUAUGAAAGAGACGCGCUGGACUAUGUGCAUAAUAAAGUAUAUACCUGGCAGGAAGAUCGAAGCAUACAGCGUACGAUGGGGGAGAACCGCGGGCGAUUCCGCCGCCAACAAUGCUGGCAAUAUCGCAGCCAUUACAAUGGGAGAAGGAGCCCGCGUGACUCGUCCACAGAUUCUAUGGGAGGCUUCUCUUCAGGCUCUGAAUUUAAUAGGAGCGGUGAUACAGCUAUAGCACAGCCAGAGCAAUAUAGUCAACACUUCUAUCGAGCAUCACAACAAACCAUUCCUGCUCCUUUUUUAGAUCAACGUACCCAAAAGAAAAAUCCACGUUUUCCAAUACCACGGGAGGCAUAUCCCCAACGGAACAAAGCGAAGAGGUAA